UGUGUGUAUGGUGUGUGUAUAGUUUGUGUGUGUGUGUGUGCGCGCGCGCGUGCUUGUGUGUGUGCCUUUGUGCAUCAGAAGCUGGGAUAAAGGAGCAGAGGAGCAGAGGAGCAGGCUGUCCCGCUCUCGUUUUUUAUUCAUUUUCCUCCAUUCUCUGCUGCCGUCGCUCUGCGUUGAACACCUGAACCGGACAAGAGUGGAGCGGAGUUGAGUGUGUGUGUGUGUAUAGUGUGUGUAUAGUGUGUGUGUGUGUGUCUGUCUGUCUGUCUGGGGAAGUGGGGGGGUGGAGUCCAGCGAGGGAAAGAUGAGAUGAAAGAGCCAGGUGAGGAAAAAAGACACAGGACUGCCUCUCCCUCUCUGCCUCCCUCUCUCUCUGAUGUGGUGUAGCGUGAGUGUGUGUGUGUGUGUGUGUGUGUGUGAGUGAGUAAGUAAGUGUUUGUGUUUGUGUGUCUGUGUGUGUGAAAGAGAGAGAGCCAAAUCGGUCCACUUCCUCAUGUGAGCAGACAGUGAACCUGAAGGAGCAGCUCUUCUCCACACUAACUAAGAAUUCCAACUAUCCAACCAGGAGACACUUCUGGGAUAAUGUGUUGCAUCGGAGGAGGAAGAUAAUGACCUGGACUUUCGUCUGGAUUGUCACUGAGUGAAGCCUUCUCCUAUCACUUCAGCAGACACAUCCCAUUUUGUCCACUGUCUAGACUUGCCGGGGUCACCAGGAGGUCACCAGGAGCUGCGUACUUCUGAGCAGCCCAGGGUGACCUGCCGAUGACCUAUUCAGGCUCACCUGGCACGACAAAACACCAUAUCCGUCUAAGACCCUGUUCCGCAUCCCUCACCCUUUUACCGAAGCUGUGAACCCCAAGUCACCGGUUCCGUAGCCCGACCCCACUGUAGUGGAGGAUGGAUGAUGGGCCUGUGAUCAACCCUGGCCGCUCUCUUUCCGUCUCUCCCAACCUCUCAUGGAGCUUCCUGCUGAAACCUCCUCCACCUCCCCCUGGAACACCUCCACCUUCUUCUCCGUGACUCCAGGACCCUGGCUUCCAGCUCUCCCAGGCACAUUGCACCCCAACGGCUCUAACGCAAGCCUUCCUGUAGACCUCCCGCUGUCCCUGACCCAGUCACUGGCGCUGGGUGCCAUGCUCCUCAUGGACCUCUUAGCCGUCGUUGCCAACCUAUCCGUCAUGGUGGUCAUCGCCAAAACACAGCAGCUGAGGAAGUUCGCCUUCAUCUUCCACCUGUGUCUGGUCGACCUGUUGGCGGCUCUGGUGCUGAUGCCUCUGGGCCUUCUGUCGGGCCGGGUCUUGGAGCACGACGAGGCCCUUUGCCGGACCUACCUGUGCCUCAGUGUUGGCCUCGUCAGCGCCGCCAUUUUGUCCAUCUCGGCCAUCAACGUGGAGAGGUACUAUUACAUCGUCCACCCGAUGCGCCACGAGGUCAAGAUGACCCUGGGGGUGGUGGUCUCUGUGGUGGUCGGGAUCUGGCUGAAAGCCAUCGUGAUGUCAGCUCUGCCACUGCUGGGUUGGGCCCUGCAAGGAAACCAGGGCCCGGGGUUCGGCACCGGGGGGGGUUUAGGGGGACCCUUGAACCUGGGUCCACCGGGCCAGAGACGUUGCUCCCUGCACUGCAACGUCGGGGGGGGGACCACGCGUUUGCUCUUCAUGGUCUUCUUUGCGUUCGUCUACUUCCUGUGCCCGGCGCUGAUCAUUCUGGUCGUGUACUGUAACAUGUUCAAGGUGGCCCGGGUGGCAGCCACGCACCACGGCCCCGCCUGGACGGACACGCCUGGGCCGCGCAGCAGCCGCUCCAGCGUGGUGGCCAGCCUCGGCGGCCCGUGCCCCCAGCGGCCCACCCCCAGCCAGAGGACCUUCAACGGGGGCAAGGCGGCGGCCGUCCUGGGCGCUGUCGGGGGCCAGUUCCUUUGCUGCUGGCUUCCUUACUUCUCCUUCCACCUGUACUCCGCCUUGGCGGGCACCCCUCCGGCCUCCCCGGCGUUCUUCCAGUUGGAGGAGGUCGUCACGUGGAUCGGCUACUUCUGCUUCACCUCCAACCCCUUCUUCUACGGCUGUCUGAACCGGCAGAUCCGCACUGAGCUGGGACGAAGCCUGGCCUGUCUCUUCAAGAGUGUGGGUCCGGGGGAUGGGGAUCAGCUGGCCAGCCGAGAGGCCUCCAUCGAGGAGAACUUCCUCCAGUUCCUCCAGGGGACAGGCUGCAAUCUGGAGCCCCGCGGAUCUCUGGCGCCCAGCAGGGCACGCAAGCCUGAGGAGGACGAGGAGGAGGGCGAGAAGGAAGAGGGGAGAGAGAGCGGCCCGAUUCGAGAAGGACCCGGUCAGGAGAACAUGCCGGUCCUGGAACAGACGCCCGUUGACUUCCACAUCCCCGGGCAGCUCAUCGAGGAGACCUCGGAGUUCCUGGAGCAGCGGCGCCAGCACCGUCAAAGCCUCAACAAUGAGAUCAACCUUGCAGACAACUGCUGCAGGAUAAACAGGACAAUACUUGACAGCGCCUGAGCUCCAUGACCGGACCGGGAAAUAUCCGCAGCGGGCCUUUCUUGGAGCCUCGCCUCAGAGGUGGAAAAACAGGUCCUAUCUUGGAAGCCAAGCAUAGAUUAUGUGUCUGUAUAAUCUAUUUAACACUAUGCUCGAUGAUUUUGUGUGGGGUGUGUACAUAAUGAGUACGAUGACAAGUGCUUUUUGAGGUGAAGCCCCUGGGGAGCUUUUCAGACGGGCCUCAGUUGAAUCAAACUUUGCGUUGUGUUCACACAGUAGAUUAUUCCAGCGGUCAAAUUAACCCAGAGACUGGUCCAGGCUAGUGUAAAAUAAAUGAAAACAACUACAGGGGCGGUGCUACACUGGUAUUCUUUCAAUUUUCCAGAAUUAAACAGGAUUCAAGAACAUUCGAAAAUAAAAGCCCUGGGUUAAUGUGUGUUUAAAUGACCCCCAGCACUGGUAUCUUCUUAUGAAGAAUUCAGGUUAUUGUCCCAAUGCUCAAUGUGCAUUCUUCUGCACUUUUCCCAGAAUCAGUCCCUUUACCAGUGAUCAGGAAGUAUGACGAAUGUUUUGGGGAAAAUUCUGUAUAAAUUCAGGAAAUGCCUUACGACUAUUGUCAAGGCUUUUUGAGCGAUUCCUAAAUUGUCUGAUUUUAAAUGUAGAUGUCUGACUGUACCUCUGGCAUGAUGGCAUUGAUGCCUGUUUUCUAUGAAGACCAAAUCCAUCUCACAUUAUAUACGGCCAGUCUCCCUCCCUGUGUCCUUCAAUGAAUCCAUGUGUCUUUUGCCACUCACUCGUCUUUUAGGUUUGUGAAUAUGAGGGUGGGUGAAUAUCUAACAUAUUUGUAUUUGAGAGCCUUUGUUUUCACGAGGGUAGCACAGAAAAGAAAUGUCAGAGCGGAAAAUUUUAAUUAUCCAAGACAAUCAGACAAAUGUUAAACUACAAUCAUUUACAUAAAUACAGUAGCAGGCAAGAAGCCAUUCGAAACACAGAUGUUGCAUGCCGUUUUCAUGAGCGUUCAUUCCCCGCUCCAGUCCUAUCCUUUUCUUCCUAACGUGACCAAGAAACGAAUGCAGAUUGAGACGUUUUCGUCUGGUAGACAUGAAAGAAUAUUCACAGCCAUUUCUGACUGCAUCUCAGUCUGAAAUAUUCAUUAGCUGAGUCCCAAAUGGCGCCUCCCGGUUCACUACUUUCUGCCCAUAUUAGUGCUCUUUGCAGGGAGCAACGCGCCAUUUGGGAAAGAUCUAUUGUGUUAACAGUAUAAUGUCACAGCUGCUUCGUGCCAACGUUAUUUAUAGCACGCUGGCGUACGAUUUUAUUUUAGACCCGACACAAUCUUAGUUGGUGUGUGUAGUUUUGCAGAAAACCAUAUUAGCGUGUUCCUGCAAUAUCACACAGACAACCCAAGUUGCUUACAUAUGGUUUAUAUUUAAAUGUUGUUGUUUUCUCAAGAAUUGUGAUGCAGAUUAUUUGGCAUGACUAGUAAACGGUUAGGCAAUAAUUAUUGUUUGCAAUAAGUGUUUAAUAACAAAUAUUGCUUUUCCUUUUAGCACAUUUCCACAGCCCCAUGCUCAAAUCUCUGUCUUUCCAGAAGUCUGUUGCUCAAAUGUCAGUUGAGAUUCAAAAUGUCACCGGGAGAGUUAGAUAGCAGCAGAUUUUACUAUGGAAGCAGGCUUCAGUUGGGACAGUAAGUACAUAUUCCUAAGAUUGCGGAACCUCAUCUGAAACUGCGCCUUACUCCCAGAAGCGCACUUCCAACUCAUGGGCCCCAGUCUAGAGUAGUGCACUGUCAGGGGAAUAGACUCCCAUUUGGGACUUGUCCCUGGGGGGAGAUGGCCACUGUCCAGGAUGUCCCUGGUGUUUACAGGUAAAUGUUGGUGAGUGUCUGAUAGCGCAGGCAGGCUGUUCUGUGUUUCCCCAUAAACAGGGCUUGUUGUGGCUACAUGGCACAGGUGACAGGUGGCAGGACGCUCUGUUGUCCUCACAAACUGUAUUCUCUCUCUUUCUCUCUUUUCAGCUCAAAAGGCUUUAUCGCUGUAUGAGAAAUUAGACGCUCACAAACACACAGAAUGCCAAAGCAAAGUGGAAUCUUAUGUCUUUUAUGAUGUUGUUGCAGGAGGACUUGUUCAGAGCUUGUUUGAAGCCAUGUUUGAUGUUUAAAAAGGAUUCUAAAGUUUGUAAUCACCACUUUGACAUGUUUAUUUUUUUUUACAUAACCUUAUAUAUAGAGAGAACAGCUUUUUCAGGAAUCUCCAUGCAUUUUAAUCCACAUAAGUCUUCACUCACAUUUACCUGCUGCAGGAUUUAGUGAAGAUGAGAUUCAUUUCAAAUCAGUGAUCAUGACCUCACACCCUCUCUCUCUCUCUUGGUCUCUUUCGCUCUCAAUUUCUUCCUCUCGUUCUCUAUUUAUUUUUUAUUUUUUAUUGAUCCCAGGCUUUGUGGAUAUAUGGCUAUACGUGUUUCAUAAGAAGAUUGACAGUAUAUUUAUUGCUUCUCUCAUUCAAUAUUUUAUUUUGUACCUGUCUACCGAAGAUGAACGUGCCUGUUUAGGUUUCAGGUCCUCCAGUGAUCUACAGUGGUUUCCUAUCAAAGUGUACUGAUUAAAGGAACAGACACAAGAUGAACCUCUGUGCAUUUUCUGUGACUUAAGGACCCCUACUUAACAGACUAAUAGAACAGGACCCCUGUUUAACAUACUGUCCUUAUAUUGUUGGACAAUAAAUCUGUGUUCUUGUGAGAUUCAUAUGUGCGAGUAAGUGUAAGUGUGUGUGUGUGUGUAUGUGCAUGUGUGAGUGUGUGUGUUUAAAUGUAUUGGUUGUACUGGCAGGGGGUGUCCAGAGAUGAUGUAUAUUGGGAUGAUGUCACAGAGGUACAGUGUUCUGAAGGACAUACCAGCCAGAGAAUCAAAACCAUCAUGCUUCACGGCAUGGGGAAGUUCUGAUGGACUGGCUCACAAAUUAUUUCAUUUAACCUUAAUUUUAUCAGGGAUUCAGUCUGAGACCAAGUUGACUUUCACAGAUUCGUCCAGAUCUACCAAAACACACAUGCCCAGUGAAAACAAAAUGCAAGCAGAAACACACGUUCAUCAGUAUGCAUGCACGCUGCUUUGGGUGUGAGCGUCUGCUGGAUGAAAUGCUGAAGUGCAAAUUAGGAUGACACAUCAGGUGACAGACAUUCUGUGAUAAUAGUCACUAUUUGGGACACUGUCAAGAAAUGUGCAUCUCUCAAUGUGUGGGGGACACUUUUUUUGGCAAACUCUCAUGAGGAGAGGCUCCCACCCAGCUCAUGAGGUGACAGGAGCCCCCUAGAGGCGGAAUGCCUAAUUAAACUUGAAUUAAAUUAAUUAUAUUGUGUGGAUUAAACUGUCAUGUUUAAAUUCAUUACAUUUCUCACAAAAAGCAGAAUAUUCUAAUUGUUAUGUUCUGCUGUUUGGUUAUUAAAUAAAAGUCAAUUUCAGUUCCAUGUUAAAUCUCAUUUAAUAUCAUAUACGGAUAAUAUAAGAAUACUCUCUGAGGUUACCACCAGGACAGCAAUGAGAUCAUUCCACAGUCCUCAGAAAAUGCAUGUCCUAGUUUGUUUACACCCUUAUAACUAGUACUGUCCAUUCAGUGCCACGACAUGGGUUAACUACACGUGACAUGCAUGCUAUGUCAUGCUUCUGUGCCGGGCGCCAUGCUAUUUAAUGAUAUCUCUUUCCUGGCUGCGAGCCUAUUCAGAUUAGAACAAUUGUCACAACAGCAAUUUAAUUUGAAUAACAAUGACCUAAUGUUUUAAUGAAACAUUCUGUUCACACUAGCAAUGAGAACUCCACAGCACUUUGGAAAGACCUCCAGCCCAGAAGGCAUUUAAACUCACUGACAAGGUUGUUAUCAACUGACAAUCUCGCCCGUUUGAACCGUGAAAAAUAUGUUUAUUUGAUGCAAAUCUUCAAGCCUCGUUCAUCUAAAUAAAACUUGUAGUAUAAAUACUCCCUAAUUCCCUGUGGCCAACCUGGCCUCUCUAGAUCACAGCCUGCAAGACAUGAUCAGCAACUGGUCAUACAUAACACAUGAUUAUAAUGCUUCUCAUUAAAAACAUGUGAUACACAUUAUUUUGAUUUGAUUCAAAAUUGUUAUUUAACACUUCAAACUUGGGAUAUUAAAGACCUUGUUACAAUGACGAUUGCUGGUGUGUAUCUGAGCAACUGUGUGAUUCUCACUACACGGUAAUACACCAGAUUAUUGACAAUUGUUAGAAAACUGUGCAAAGAGUUCAUUCAAUUAACUGAACCCCAUACCAAAUGCCGCCAGUAUUAGCUGUUUGGACAAAACUUUUAUUGCAGAACCUCAAUCUCUGGGCCCAGCUAACACACUAGAGACCUAGCUGCAUAUGUUCACGCUCCAGUGACAUAACUCCCACCGGAGUCUGACUGAAUAUAUGUUUAUUCAAAAGAUAUUCUUCCCACCCAAUUUUCGUCCAAGUUGGGUGGGAAGAAACCGGUUAGCUCUGCAGUGCAGACAGCCCUCAAGUUGCUUUUCAAAUAAUGGAUUGAGCCUCCAUCAAUGGAGCAACUGUGUGCUUUGUUGUUGGGCUGGAGAGAGAGAGAGAGAGAGAGAGAGAGGUGUCCUCCUGGAAGUUGUAAUGGAACAAAUGGAACAAACGCUCUAUGACCUUUCAACUGCAGUGGGAUGGAUCAAAGAGCUGUAAAUCGGCUUCUGUCUAAUUUCAACCGGGCUACUGAAUAGCAGAAGCCAUGGCUAUAGCCUGGCGAUUGGAGAAUAUGAUUAGUCAUUAUGGCUUUACCUGGUUAUCAGGUCCGGACUUUUGGCUGCCAAUGGUUUAGCUGGUUUAGCAUGCCUGGAAGAGUCUCAUCAUGGCUUUCACAAGGUUGUCAGGUCUAAAAUUGAGUCAUCAUGGCUUUACCUGGUUGUCAGGUCAAGAAUGAUGUAAUUAUGGCUUUACCUGGUUGUCAGGUCAAAAAUGAUGUAAUUAUGGCUUUACCUGGUUGACAGGU